UUGCCACCCGCAACCCAUGGUGUAAACUGGCCUCAGCGAGCCUAGUUGAAGGCACCAUUUCCGAGCUCCGGCAGCAACCUUGUCUAUCUCAUUUUGGGCAACCCAGGUCCUCUUCAAUAGCCUUCUUCAAGGCUGGCGACCUUGGCCAUGGGCGAUGGUGGAUGGUAGGGCUGCGACUGGUGUUUUCCAGUGGCUUUGACAGAUGGAUGGCUUGCGCAAAUCGCUUGGCGACAUCUUGCAAGCACUGCGUCAAAGUGCCGAUCUCCUGUGCAAUGGAGGCUGAAGCUUGCGACGUGCCCUGUCCUUUCGUCAGCCAUCAGCCAAUUUUGGUCAUGGGCAAGACGAAAGGCCUCAAUAUGUUCAAGAUUGAAGCGGAUGUCUCAGCCAGCACAAGUUUUUUGCAAUGUGGAGAUGGAAGAUACACUGAGUUUGGCUUGAGGGCAGCGCGUCCUCAGGUGAAGCCCGGCAGACACAUGAUCGAAAGCUAUAUUUUCCCUCAGCAGCGGUACAGGCGCUUUCUGGAGCCCUCUUUUGUUCCACGUUAUGCUGACACCCUGCUGCUUGCUCUCACUUCUUGUUUUGCCAAUCCUCCGGCAGUUCCAUGUAGCGAAGGUUGCAGAUAUACAUUGCAAGUGCCCGCACGAGACCACCUUCAGUCCGUGCCCAGGCAAAUCAACGAAUGAAAAGACCUGCGCGCCGCGAUUGCGGAUGGCUAGGGAUGACAUGCGGCUCUUGCGACGGCUCACGGGCAUGCGAGACAGAAAAAA